AUGGCUCGUUUGAGGUCCAUCGUCCCUGGCGGGAUGGCGCUCGCGGCCUUGGCUGCAUCAGAACAUACCCCAAUGGAGCCAAGCUACCAAGCUGCUAGCGACAACGCCUUCCAUGUGUUCAAUGCUAUUCAUUCUGCAGGGCGGCAAUGGGGCUCCAGCGUGAUCCACAAUGGAUUUAGUUUAUACCCAGCUGCCGUGCCCAGGGGCACCGUGUUGUACCACGGAGGUCGUCAAGCAGAGCCCCCUAGCGAACCGGAAUGGCUCGCUUUCGAGAUCGAGCAUGCCGAGAAUUUUGGCCGAUCUUGGAGGGAGCGUCCGCGACCACCUCCUAUGCACCGACCGGAUGGUGUCGACAACGCUGAGGGUCCCCAGAAACCACUGAUGCCACCCCACGAAGGCCACCCAGAACCAGGCCACCCAGGGCCCCCUCGGAGGCAGGUUGGCUACCUUCACACCUAUGUUGCCACUAGAGACCUCAAUAUGCUCUAUAUCGAUGGCAUGUCGGCUGGCAAGACGGAUCUUGGGACUCUCGACUCUCAAGACCUGCUCUUGCGCGGCAAGUCGACCACCGACAACGGCUUCAUGGAUGAGCGGGAGCGGGCAAACGAUCUGUGCGACAUUGUGACCGCGUGGGGCUAUGAUGGCCUGGUUCGGGACGAGAUUGGGUUCGAAGUGAUCCAAUGCGACUUUGACAAUGGUUUGGAGCAGGUGUCCAGCUUGCAAACAUUCUAUGAGGAAGACAGACUCUCCGAGCAUGGCUUGUCCACGUUCCAAUGGGCACGCGCAGCCGGGCAGAGAUAUGACGGUAUUGGAGGCAAUCGGCUGAACAUUGACUUCUCGUCCAUGGUCUCGGGAUUCUUCUUCCCGAUCAAUAUCAGCAGCACAACAGACGAGAGACCCGAUCUCAUCCGGUUGGCAGCUGCCUCGGAGCUAGAUUUGAAGGACAUUAAGGACUACUUGCAAGACAUCUCCACGCAACCAAGACGGUUCACGGUCCAUUGGCAAGGGGUCGUCGACAUGAUUGUCGCGCGGUAUGCUGACCGCUUCGCACUGAUGGGGUCUGAAAACACUUCCGUGACCCAGUUCAUCAGCGAACUCGAAUCGUUGACAUUGGCCUAUGUGGAUGCUUCGGGGAUCAAAAACAAUGAUGGCGGACAUGACCAUGAGGCUCAGAACGAAACCGAGGCGGCCAUGAACCGAUGCAGCGACCACUAUCUCCUGCCGGUUCUCAUCGACCAGGAGCACUGGAGCAUCGAGGAUGACCUCAUCUACACCUCCCUGCAGGCCGUCAUGGAUGACAUAUGCUACAUCCUGUACACGAUGCGCUCAACAUUCUACACGUAUCUCCGUGAAGACGAGAGAUUCCAGGGUCAGAUCAAUCUAGAUGGAGACAAGGGCGCGCUGGAAGAUGCGUUUGAGGUGAGCAGGCCUUUGCUCCAGAGCUUGAUGCAGACUCUGGCCUGGACUACCUGGAUUCGACCUAAAGUCUGCGCUCCAGACCAGACAUUGUUCGUCGCCAUGUGGCCGAUAGGCGCCCCCCGUGAUCAUUGGCAUCCUGGAUGCCGGACAGUAGAGGAGCUUGGCCGAUUCAACCGCAGCUACUGGGAUGACCGGCCCUAG